AAUAGGUAGUCAGGUGUACUUAUUUCGUUCUGGGUGACAAUGUGUGUUUGUGUCAUUUCAUUGGCUACGAAAUAUUUGAAGAUAAACUUAAGACAGCUUAAAUAUAUGACUCGAUUAUGGUUGCUUUCCAUCAAGAGACAUAAGUCGACACAAGUAUCAUCUUAUCUUUGUUACUCACUGAUUGUGGAACAAAGAUAGAAUGUUUGUGUCGACUUGUUGGAAAGCAACCUGUGAAUACCGGCCCUAGUGUCGUAAACAGGACGAAUUCUCGAUGCGCAUGCGUAAAAAACUCAACUCACCUAUCAACUACUUGCUUAAAGUUGCAGCUUCACGUUUUUUUUAUAAAUUGCGCAUAUGUUCGAGGUCAUAGCAGCCGCGACCAGCUGGCAGACCAAGGUUACGUGUCUGGUAUCCCUAAUUCAUUUAGUCGUAUUGUUGUUAGCCUUCGGUGAUAUUUAGUGCUUAUCGCAGGGGCAUCGGCCGAUCGCCGAUCAGACAUUCAACCAUGGCAUUGUCGAGAAUCAACGCUUCAGAUAUGAUGAGUGCUUUAACUCGCGUCUCGCGCGCAGCGGUGUCCUUGGAGAUGCAGCGAGCAACUCCGGCGGCGAUUCAUCGCGAACAGAAGCUGCACGUGACGAGCGUGCGUCGUUAUCCGGAACCGCCGCGGCUGAACCUACCAACUAAUAUGCGCGACAUAUUCGCUAACGAAAUGAGCCGUUUUACGCCGGAACGUGCCCGCGACAUCGCCCUGUAUAGCGAGAACGGUGGCGUGGCCAUCACGAAUGCGAGUCGCACCGGCUACCCUAAGAUCUGCGACAACGGCCAAGCGGAUUCGUACGAUUGUUUCGGCGCCGUCAGUCUCUGCGGCUCGAUGCAGACCAACGUGCCCAAGCCUUAUCGCUCGCAGGGUACGGACGCAUGGGUGCUGAGCUCCACGCACCUCAACAUGCCCGGCGGACAAUGGACUCGUGACAGCAAAUACAUCGCCGAGGACAUGCAGAGAUCCCAUUACCGUAAUCUGCGCCCUGAGUCGUGUUCAGGUUCUGCAAUUAAUACCUUCAUAAUGAGCCCGCUUUUACGAACGACAUAUUGGCCAAUGCAGUGCAUUAUCAGAGUCAGCUACUCGACCGGCGCGUCCGGAGCGCCCAAGGACGGCGUGAAGGAUCAAGCGACAGCCCCGGCGUCGAGUCUCAUGAUGUCGAAGCGAGACAGGUUUCGACUAAUGCUAAAGGAUUACGGAGGCACCAUGCUCGUCUUUCAUAUUACUAUUUCGCUGAUAAGCCUCGGUGCUUGUUACAUGGUGGUCGUUAGUGGAGUAGACGUGACGCCGUUCGUGCAGAAAAUCACAGGUGGCAACGAGGAAGUAGACACUCUACUAAAAACGUCGACAGACUUCGUGAUAGCGUACACCGUGCACAAAAUGUUCGCACCUGUUCGUUUAUCGAUGACCUUCGGUGUGACUCCGCUGCUCGUGAGAUAUCUCAGAAGAAUAGGUUUACUCAAGAUGCCGAAAAGACCAACGUCUUCAUAAAACACCGCGCCAAAUGUUUUUAAUCAGUGCAUGCUACAAGUCAUAUCAAAGAAUCAAGGAAAAAUGUAACAACGAAGCAUUUCAUAAAAACGACGAUCUUACUGCGAAGAGAAAGUUUAUCGCAGCAACUAGUGAUAUUUUCCAAUAUUAGGAUAUCUAUCUUUUGCCCUAGAAUUUGUUGAAUUUAAAUUUCCAUGUACACAUUAUGCGAAUAAGCGAGCGUGACAUAAGAUGUACGCAUUUAUAUGAAUAUUCUGGUGUUAUUGAUAUGUAUAUUUUGUGUGAGAGGACCACAAUCUGUAAAUAAAACAAAAAAUUGUUAAAUGACGA